UUGUGUUACAGUCAUGUAUUUCAUCGAUAGCUGUUAAUCGUUAUCACCCCACUGCGGAUAACGGGUACGUAUAUAUAUAAAAAUCAAUCGCUGUCGAGGAACAUUAUAUAGUGAGACUUGCUUCUGGUCCAACAUGAGUCGAACAAGCAAAGGCCUUGAAAAUGACAGCAUGGCUAUCCUGUACGCUGAUGACGGGGAAGAAAUCAGCUCACAUUUAGAACAAUAUCUCAGGGAAAGAUUUCGACUUAAAAUUCUGGCUGUGAACAUUUCCUCCUCCAGCACCUUAAAGGAAAAUAACCUUGGCUUGGUUAUACUAACUCCGGACAUGAUCGACGAUAUCCAAAGAAAACCUAAAGCUUAUCUAUCUAGCACAUGCUCACUGUGUCAAAAACGAGCUUUUUUAAUCCAUGACGAAACUGUAAGUAUCAGCAACAGGUCCACAGAAAGAAUUCUGGAAGACUCCUGUUCUGAUCUAAAGCUAUGGAACACAAUUCAUCUAGGAAAAUCAAGCGAGGAGUUCAAGAUGGCUUUGAUCCAAAUCAUAGAGUUGAUCGAUUCUACUCCAGAUGUCCCUCCAGUUUUAUUGGGUUACAAAAUAAAUCCCAAAACAAUUUCAUCGGUAAAUGAACAUAUAGUUGUUAUAUUUAAAAAAGAAAUACUUAAAGGAGAUGUUACCGUGCAACUUCAAAGAAACAACUUUCGGAAGCAGAUGACGUGUGUCGAACUUAACCGUUUGACAUAUACUUUCAAACCUGAAGGAAUGCCUGAUGGCCAAAUUACUAUGGAAGUUUUCACCAACAGCGUUUCAGCUGGAAAGACGAAGUUCACUAUUUGCAGUAAAACAGACAAUUUUUCAUGUAUGAUAUCGGACAUGAUGAAUCCAGUGGAAUUUUUCCUCCAAGCUUUGAACUGUGACGACACUGUCUCACUGGACUUGGAGUUGGUGGAUAUUCUGACCAAUGGUGCCAGUGAGGGUAACCCUCUCGCCGGGUUGGAGACGGUGGACUCUCGAGAUGGAAUAUUGAAAAAACAGUCAACCAGAGAAUUCCCCACUCUUCUCCAUGUCGCAGCAAAACUUGGCUUAAAACAACUAUGUGAAGCUCUGAAAAAAUACCCUGGUUACCAGGCAGCCUGCAGCAUGAAAAACAAGAAUGACAAAACGGCGAGUCAGAUCGCUCUGCAUCAAGGUCACAUCGACAUUGCAGCAAACAUUCAACCCUCAGAGAAUUUUUUGGCGUUUGAAACUGGUACUAACACGCUGCAAGGCCAGAGUUCAGAUGGCUAUAUGACAAUGAAUCAAUUCAAUUCAGGAAUAGAAAGACAAAAUAGAAAUCCUCCAGCCCUUCCUGAACGGCCAUCUGAAUCGGAUGUUGUCAUCAGACGCCCAACUAUUCAAAGAGACAGUGGAUUGACGAGGAGUGGAGACAAUCAUCAAAGUAACUCCUCUUUAGAAGAUCAGUUUUCCUUUGAUCCGAGGCAGGUCAGAAGUCUUCCUUUUACAUAUAUGAGGAUUAUUCAUCCUUUUAUAGUUACGAUAUCAAUUUUAGUUAGUCAUGUUGUAUGUAUGGUAUUGAUUAACCCGACAUGCAUUUUUUUAAAAAGUAUAUAACUCUCUUAGAUCUUUAUUGAGAUAUUUUAGCAACAUGAAAAAUUAAGAAAUUCUCAUGACUUUUUGUGAAUUGUAAUAUGAAUUCAAACUGAAUUGCGUUGAUUAGAAUUAUCUGAAAUAGUCUGCCAGAAAUAAUGUGUUUCAUUUUUCAAAUUUCAUUACAGAUGACGCCUCGCAUGACCAUCAUUUUCAAAGAUGAAAUAGAUUAUUGUGUGAAUUUAACGACGAAACUUUAACUCUACGGGGAUUUAUAGCUUAAGACACAGCCCAUGACACUGUCGUCUGUGUAUAUAUUGUUACUGGUAACAUCUGCAGGAUGUUAACAUUUCUUGUAGACUGAUUAUUGUGGUGGUUUAUGGAGGGCAUUGAUUUCUAAUUGUUAUGUUGUUUUCAAUAAAAAUUCAUUCAUACCA